AUGGACGUUGCAUACAACCAACAUUCCGACCGCGCUCGUCGCAAGAACCGCUCCUCCUCCAAUUUGAACCAUCUCUCUCUCGCGCCCUUGACCGCCAAGCUUCCCCUCAACGACGACGAGCUCAUAGCCGACGCAAUCGCAUCACACCCUCACUCGCCCAUCCACCCAAUUCCUUCUUACAUCCAGGGCAAGUCGGCGCCCACGACUCCGCGUCUUUUCGCUCGCUCUCCUACGGCACCGCGCUCACAGUCCAGCACUCGAACAUCGUCAACACCACUCGCCAAGAGCAAAUCCGCAUCCCACCUCGCUGCCAGCGGAACGCGAAAAGCUCCAUCAGGCCGUGCAACACCCAAACGUCCUAAAGAUGAUAUGAGCUUCAGCAUGCGCCAUCGCAAUGAUAGCGAUUGGCUACUUCGAACAGGCGCGCUCAUGAGCUCCGAAGCUCGUGAGUUCAAGGGUCAGACGUGGCUAGUCUCGCGUCAAAGCUCAACUAGCCUUGGGGGAAUGGACCCUGAUGAGGAUGCCUUUGAGAAUGAGCUUGCCCGUGAACGCGAGCUUACGAGUCGCCAUGCCAGCCGUCGCGGUAGCGUUGCUCCAAUCCCGGAGGAUGCAUCUCCCUAUGCCAGCCGCUUUCCUAGCCGCACUCACAGUCGCUCUCAUAGCUUGACACGGCCCCGGAGCCUACUUCAUUCACCCCUCGAGCUAUCUACGGCUGCAGAAGGGUCUUACUUCCCCCACCAAGGAGUCAACAACGAGCUUCCCGGCCCUGAUUUUGUCAAUCUCGACGAAAAGCUGGAGGAGCUUGAACAGGAUGUGGCACAAGAUGAUGAGGCCACCGUGCGACGGCUGGUUCGAAAAGGCCAAGCUAACACAGGCACCUGGUUUGGCAGCGUCUGGUCUCUUUUCUCAGUAGAAGAAGACGAUGAAGAUUCGGACGAGGACAGUGAUGAGACACCACGAGACAACGAAUCUCAACUCGGCCAGUCUCGUAGCUGGUCGUCCCACAAUUUAGCAGGCAUAUCAACAGUCCCAGACGAGCGCGUGCCUCCUCCAAAAGCUGAUGAAGGCGGUUGGAAGGAUGCAGCCUGGCUGUUGAGUGUGGCCACGAAGGUGAUGUUUUAG